AUGACAUUUCUCUCGAUCCUCCUCUCAACCCUGCUAACCAUCCUCUUCCCACCCCUCCUCUUCCUAACCUGGUACCUCCACGUCCCCCGAACCCUCCCCAACCUCCCGAGAAUCCCAAUCUACGUCUCAAUCCUCGGCCUCUGGUCCUCAAUGGGCCAAGAUGAGAUCUACGAACGAUGGUUCAGAACUCCACUAGAGAAACACGGGGCCGUGGUAGUCUGGUUUGCCGGACGGUGGAGUAUCCUCGUUUCACGACCAGAUUGGUUAACCGAUAUGUUCCGCAAUGAACAGCUAUAUGCGAAAGCAGGGAGUCAGAUCAAGAUCCCGCAUGCUGUUAUUGCGACGCUUGUCGGUGAUAAUAUCAUCAAUGCCCAUGGGGAGAAUUGGAGACUUUAUACGGGGAUCAUGAAGGCGGGCUUGCAGAAGAAGGUUUUUGAAACGACAUCUUUGCUGAAACAGUCGAGGAAAUUGGUUGAUGUUCUCAUCAAUCUGCAGAAAGAGACUGGAGGUAAUAGAGGUAUAUUGGUGAAUGACGAUGUACAGAAAUGGGCUGUGGACGUUAUGGGUGAGAAUUUCUUGGACUUGGAGUUGAAGAGCCUGGGCCAAGCAAAUGGCACCGUCCGAAUCGAAUCCCUCCAAUCAAUCAUCAAAGCAACCCUCUUCAAACCAAUGUACUUCAGCUUCCCAGAUCUCGACCACUUCCCCUGGCUCCUCCCGUCCCGCAAACGCGCCUACAACAUAAUGCACGAAUUCGACGACCGUCUCUACGCCGAGAUAAUGACAAUGCUAGAGAAUCGCAACGAAACCAACGCCGAAGAAAUGGUCUCACACAUGCUAGGCUCAGCCUACAAAACCGGGUUGAUAACCGAGAAACAAUUCCGCGACAAUCUCAAAAUAACAUUCCUAACAGCCCACGAAAACGCCCAACAGCUCGUAACCUCGAUGUUCUGGCAACUGGGUACAAGAGUCGAUAUCCAGAAUCGAUUACGGGACGAGAUUUUGACGACGGCAAAGACGUCUCCGGAUCCAUCACAGGAGAUCAUUAAUAGUCUCCCGUAUCUGACGGCGGUGGUUUUGGAACUACUUCGUCUGUUCCCGCCUGUUUGUCAAUUGAUUAACCGUGUUGCGUUGCAGCCAGCGAUGUUGGGUGGUGAACUUCCUAUUGCGAGGGGGACGUUUGUGGGGUGGAAUGCGUGGGCGGUGCAUAGUAACCCUGCUGUAUGGGGUGAUGAUGCGCGUGAGUUUCGAGCUGAGAGGUGGGGGGAGAGUGUUGAGGAGAUGCAAGGGAGGUUUCGGAGGGAGACCGUUCGGGGGACUUAUAUUCCGUUUAAUGCUCAUAAGCGGAAGUGUCUUGGGCAGGGGUUUGCGUUGUUGCAGGUGAAGAUUUUGUUGUUUGUUUUGCUAGGGAGGGUCAGUUGGGUUGUUGAUCCUGGAUAUAAGUUGAAGAUGACGCCGGGUGGGAUUCUGGCGCCGCUGGGUUGUCGGGUUAUUUUGACCGAGCUGAAGUCGUGA